AUAGCAAAAAAAAAAAUAACAAAUACUGUAGAAUGGUUGCCUUGAAGAGAAAGACCGAGUCUGCAAACGGAGCCGCCAAGAGGGCCAAGCAUGGCUCAGCCACGUCGUCGUUUAUUCUCCACUCAUACUCGAAGCUUCCAGACCUCAACUCUCAUGUUGCCGCAAAGACCACCCCAUUGGACGUCUUUGUCUGGGGGACCGGUUCGAUGUGUGAGCUUGGCUUGGGCCCAAACGCAAGCACCAAGGAAGUCAAGAGACCGCGUCUCAACCCAUUUUUGACCAAAGAGAAGUUGGGAGGUGCCAGCAUCGUGGACUUUGCCGUGGGAGGUAUGCACACGUUGUGUUUGGAUUCGCAAAACCGUGUGUGGUCCUGGGGUACUAACGACAGUGCUGUGUUGGGUAGAGACACUUCCAAGGUCAAGGAGAAGUUGAAGGAGGCCGAUGCGGACUCCGACGACGAAGACGGAGACUUGAAUGAAGCUGAGUCCACUCCAGGCUUGGUCGAGGGACUCCCCGAGGUCAAGGAAGAUGGCGCCAAGAUUGUUCAAAUGGCAGCCACCGACAACUUGAGUGCAGUCUUGUACGACAAUGGGGAAGUCUAUGCUUGGGGUUGUUUCCGUUGUAACGAAGGGCUACUCGGGUUCCUCAGAAAGGACAUUGACAUUCAAAGAACUCCAUUGAAGAUUGAUCUUCUCAAGAACAUCACCCAGCUUGCCGGUGGUAAGGACCACUUGUUGGCCUUGGACGCCAAGGGGAUUGUGUAUGCCUGGGGUAACGGUCAACAGUUCCAAUUGGGCCGUAGAGUGCUUGAAAGACACCGUUACCGUACCUUGGAGCCACAGCAGUUUGGCUUGUACGACAUCAAAUACAUUGCUCUGGGAGACUUCCAUUGCUUUGCCAUCAGUCAUGACAACAAGGUGUAUGCUUGGGGGUUGAACCAGUUCGGCCAGUGUGCAUUCACCGACUCCGAGGGGAACUUGGAGGAUGGAUCAUUGAUCACCAAGCCCACAGAAAUUGAAAGCUUGUCCAACAAGAAUAUUGUUGAGAUUGCCGCUGGAGAACAUCACACCUUGGCAUUGACCGCCAGUGGCGAAGUAUUUGCAUGGGGUCGUUACGACAUGAAGGAAGUUGGUAUUGCACGUGAGGACCUCCCAGAGGGGACAUUUAAAGAUGCGCAUGGGAACGCCAGAUCUGUGCCAAUUCCAACCAAGUUGCAAUUUGGGAAGAAGGGCAACGAUGUCAAGAUGAAGGCCGUUGGAUGCGGUCUGCACCAUUCGUUUGCCGUUACCGAAGAUGGGUUCAUCUAUGCCUGGGGGUUUGCCGACACGUAUGCUCCUGGUUUGGGACCUCUUGAUGAAGACGUUGAAAAACCUACCCGUAUUGUGAACACCGCAACCAAACACCAUGAUAUCAAGCUCAUUGGUGCUGGUGGGCAAUUCUCGGUUGCUGGAGGGGUCAAGAUUGAGGAUGAGGAUGAAGCAGAAGAUAGAGUGGACAAGUAUGAAGAAAUUGACGGUUAAUUAGAAUGUAUGU